AUGUCUGUGCGUUUAAAGCAAUUGAUUUCUUAUGCGGCAGGGUUCGCAAUGCUGUAUGCCGCAUGUGCGUCAACAAUUGGUAUCUUUGUAUGGUCAGAGCUAUUUCUGCAUCCGAGACUGUCCAAACAGUUUCGCACCGAUGAUCCGGCGAUCAACAAGACGUUUAUACCAAGGGAAACCGUUUCGGGACUGCAAUGUCUUGGCAUUGCGUUCCCAUUGCCUUUGCUGGUGCUAACGUGGUGGUGUCUCGUAGAAAGCGACUCGAGCAUUCAACAUCGAUAUUUGGCACGUUCUCACGCAGGUGUUGUCAAGCCAGACUGGGUGCCGGCGAAAUUACAUCUGUAUCACGCCAGCUGUGUAGCCCUGGUACUCAUAUUGGGCAUUAAUGGCGUUUUAACAAAUGGUCUCAAGCUGAUCAUUUCGAACGCUCGCCCGGACUUCAUCGCUAGAUGUCAGCCACAAGAUCCGGACGCCCUGUAUGUGUCGUUUGACCAAUGCACGCAAACCAAUCGCUGGAUUCUGUACGAAGGGCUUAAGAGCACCCCGAGCGGCCACUCGAGUUUCGCAGCGGCGGGGCUUGGAUUCCUGUAUUUAUGGCAGCUGCGACACACACGAGUAUCGCAAUGGAAACAUCUUUGGUGUCCCGCGCUGUGUCUUGUGGUCAUGGUAUCGAGGGUGAUCGACCACAGACACCAUUGGUAUGAUGUUAUAGCUGGGUGUGGUCUGGGUCUGAGCGUGUGUGCACUGGUCUGGCGCAGUCUACUGCGGGAAGACGCUGCUCAAGUUUUGCCCCGCUAA